UCGCCUCGCUUCGCUGGCUCGUACUCGUGGGACUUUGGCGUGCACACGAUGUACAUCAUCCUUUGCGUGCCGUGCAUCGCGAUGCUCCCGAUCACGUACUUCUUCAUCAAGGACCACAAGCACGAGGCCGCCAAGUUCUCCGAGUACAUUGCGCAGGUCUGGCAACUCAUCCAGAAGCGCGCCAUGUGGCAGAUCAUGCUCUUCAACUUCUUCUACAACCUCUUUGGAGGUGGCUUCUCGUCGACGGCGGCGCCGUACGUGCAGCUGCACUGGGCCAAGGUCGAGAACCUCAACAGCCAGAUCAUGACGAUCGUCUCCAACCUCAUCUUUGCUUGCAUUGUCGCGUCCAUCGGUCGCUGGGGCACCAACUGGAACUGGCGCAUCGUCGUUGUGUCGACCACCUUGACGACAGCCUGCAUCGACUCGGUCGUGCAGUUCUGUACCUUUUACGACGUUCUCCGCAACCAGUGGUUCUACCUCGGGGUGCCGUUGGCCGAGCAGCUGCCGCAGGGUGUCCUCUUUAUUGUCACGACGUUCAUGAUCGUCGAGCUCGCCGGGAUCGGCAACGAAGGCAUUGUGUAUGGCCUCCUCACGACGGUCUCGAACCUCCCGUCGGCCGUCGGUCCCGUCCUCUCGAACCGUAUUUACUCCAACUUUGACGUCGACGAAGACGCGAUCAUCUCGGACACCAAGCACGUGCGCAACCAAGUCGCGUACACGUACAUCAUCUACUACACCGGCUUCUUUAUCGCCUGCUUCACGUCAUUCUUCCUCCCAAAGCAAAAGCUCCAGCUCCACGAACUCCAGCGCACGGGCGGUCAGUUCCCGCUCGUCGGCGGCUUCGUCCUCAUCUUCUGCUUCUGCAUGCUCGUCUACUCGAUCACGUGCAGCAUCCUCUCCAUGUUCGAGUCGACGUCGUGCUUGCUCAUUGCUGGUGGCGACGGCUGCUAA